GCUGUUGUGUGUUGUCUGACUAGAGCUGCCUGUCCGGAACCGGAAGUAGCCUGAGGGUCUCAUCAAAUAGAGAACCGAAGUCGCUUCACGAUUCAGCUGUAAAUGCAUCACAAACAGGCCGCCCAGGAUGAGGAAAGCAAGCAGGAGUGUAGGCUCCGCCCCAAAAGUACCUGCUACUAGCAAACCUCAGGGUGCGGAGAGAGCAAAGCUAGAGGGCAGUGUACCAUCAGGAGCCAAAAACUCCAGACCGGGGUCUUCAUUGUCAAAGGCUAAAAGUAACGAUGACCUCCUAGACAGUGGGACUGGCGGGCUGCCCACUAACUGCGUGAAAAAUAAGAAAAGCAACAGCACGUCAAACUCCUGCUCAGUGCCCGCGAUGAGCGGACAGGAGGGGAGAACAAGGAGCACUGCAGGCAGCAGCUCCAGCAACAAGCGCAGUGGUUCUUCAGGGGCCAAAGAGGCUGGAUCAUCUCGUGAGAGAAUACGUGAACGUUCUCGCCUAAAUGCCAGCAAAAAGCCCCAAGGAUCUGGGCUCACCUCAGGUGAUGUCUCUGCUCCCAGUAAGAGAUCUAGGGGGCGCACAGAAUCAGACAUUCACCGUAUGAGCAAAUCCAAAUCAGAUAACCAGAUUAGUGACCGGGCAGCUCUGGAGGCCAAAGUGAAGGAACUGCUAAGCAUGGCCAAAACGAAAGAUUCUGAGAUCCUACUGCUUCGUUCCGAGUUGAGGGACACAAGAUCACAGCUUGGACUGGACCUCUCUGAAAAAAGUCCAGAGGAACCACCUGUUAUGCAACUGCAAGAACAGAAUGCAGUUGUACGUGAGGAGUUGCAGCAACUAAAGAGUGAGAACCGCAUGCUUAAGGAUAGACUGAACGCGUUAGGAUUUUCUUUAGGGCAGCAGCCUGAUGUUGCUGAUAAACUCUAUGUCUACCAGUCCAUGAGCCCUGCUCCUGGCAGCAACAGUGACUGUGGAGGAGGGAAUCUAGCCUCCUCUGUUGAGGGUUCAGCCCCUGGUUCUAUGGAAGAUCUUCUUAGCCAGGAUGACUGUACAUUAACUGGGGAAAGGAGAAGCAGUUCUGUGGACAAUUUAGACAGUGAAUGCAGUGAGGUUUACCAGCCGCUCACCUCUAGUGAUGAUGCAUUGGAUGCUCCCUCGUCAUCAUCAGAGUCUGAAGGCCUUCCAAGUACUGAUCGAUCUCGGAAAGGCAGCAGUGGGAAUACCAGUGAGGUAUCUGUUGCCUGUCUAACUGAACGUAUACUUAAAAUGGAGGAAAAUCAGCACAGUACAUCUGAAGAGCUGCAGGCCACACUGCAGGAGCUAGCUGAUCUGCAACAGAUUACACAGGAGCUGAACAGUGAGAAUGAGAGAUUAGGUGAGGAGAAGGUCAUCCUGAUGGACUCACUAUGCCAACAGAGUGAUAAGCUAGCAUUGUUCAGCCGCCAGCUUGAGUAUGCUCGUGCACUGUUGGAUGAGCAUCAUGUAGUCUACUCUCUAGAUGAAGACUUAAAAAGUAGUCGCUACCUUGAACUUGAACAGCGCUAUAUGGAGUUAGCAGACAAUGGACGCUUUGAGCGGGAACAGCUUUUAGGAGUACAGCAGCACCUGAGCAACACACUAAAAAUGGCUGAACAAGAUAACAAAGAAGCACAGGAUGUGAUCCGUGCUCUUAAGGAGCGGAACCACCAUAUGGAGCGUAUUGCUGAAGCUGAACAGAUGGGGAAGCAGGCCCUAGCUGCUACUCUGGAUGAAUACAAGGCUACACUUAGUUCAGAGCAGUCCGAGUGUGCACGGCUAAAAGCACAGCUGGAGCAAGAAAAGCAGAGAGUGUCAGAGCUUUACUCAAUACACAGUUCUGGGGACACCGCUCACAUUCAGAACCUAUUGGAAAGUGUGCGCAAUGACAAAGAAAAAGCUGAAAACCUGGCGGAAAGUCUACAAGAGGAGCUGUCACAUGUACGCAGCGAUAUCAGCCGCCUUCAGGAUGCCUUUGGUAAGUUGGAGGAUGAGUAUCGAGCUUUUCGAGUUGAAGCAGAGAAGCAGGUAUCUGAGCUUACCAUGGCGCUGGAGAAGGUACGGGGGGAGCUGGAAGAGAAGGAGACAGAGAACAGUGACAUGAAAGAAACAAUAUUUGAACUGGAGGAUGAGGUGGAGCAGCACAGAGCUGUGAAACUGCAUGACAACCUCAUUAUAUCUGACCUUGAGAACUCUGUAAAGAAGCUGCAAGAUCAGAAACAUGACAUGGAGCGUGAGAUCAAAAUACUGAAUAGGAAGUUAAGGGAGGAGUCAGCUGAAUGGCGCCAGUUUCAAGCUGAUCUUCAGACUGCUGUGGUUAUCGCUAAUGAUAUCAAAUCAGAAGCACAGGAGGAGAUAGGGGAGCUGAAGAGGCGACUCCAUGAGGCACUGGAGAAGAAUGAGAAACUUGCUAAAGAGCUGGAAAAUGCAGCAUCUCGCAAGCAGGAGGAAGAACGUGGCCGGGUGUAUAAUUACAUGAAUGCUGUUGAGAGGGACCUUGCAGCCUUAAGACAGGGAAUGGGUCUGAGCCGUAGGUCAUCUACCUCUUCGGAACCCACACCUACAGUCAAGACACUCAUCAAAUCCUUUGACAAUGCAUCAUCACCAGCGCAAGGUCCUGUUGCAGCAGCAACAGCAGCUGCUUCCAUUCCUCGUACACCUUUGAGCCCAAGCCCCAUGAAGACACCUCCAGCUGCUGCUGUUUCUCCUAUGCAGAGACAUUCUAUCAGCGGGCCUAUAUCUUCAGCCAAAUCCCUACCUGGCUUAUCAGAAAAGAGACCCAGCUAUGCUGAAAUACCCGUACAAGAGCACCUUCUCCGAAACUCCUCUAGCACAAGAGCCGCUUCCUCAUUACCCCGAGUCUCUACCAUGGACAGUAACAAAACCAUCUCUGUAUCACGGCGGAGCAGUGAGGAACUGAAACGGGACAUCACGGUUCCAGAUGGUGGCUCCUCCUCACCAUUGAUGGUGAUGACCUCACCCUCCCCGCAAAUGACUCUAUCCUCAUCCUCUCCCACAGCAUCUGUCACACCUACCACCCGCAGCCGUAUCAGGGAAGAAAGGAAGGACCCCUUGUCAGCUCUUGCUCGAGAAUAUGGUGGUUCCAAACGAAAUGCACUUCUGAAAUGGUGUCAGAAGAAGACAGAAGGAUACCAGAAUAUUGACAUCACAAAUUUUAGCAGCAGUUGGAAUGAUGGGCUGGCAUUUUGUGCUCUCCUGCACACCUACCUCCCUGCACACAUUCCAUACCAUGAAUUGAGCAACCAGGACAAGAGAAGAAAUUUUACUUUGGCAUUCCAGGCAGCAGAGAGCGUUGGUAUCAAAUCUACUCUGGACAUUAAUGAGAUGGUGCGUACUGAGCGCCCAGACUGGCAGUGCCUCAUGACUUAUGUUACAUCUAUCUACAAAUAUUUUGAGACCUGAGCAUCAUCUGGACAAAUAGCCUACCAUCCCUUUAUCUUCAUGACAACAGUGUGGUCCAGUGGAAAACACAUAUGGGUUUUGUCUGCCAGAAUGUUGCUGUAGAGCAAACAUACAGAAGGGUCACCAGCAACAUUAAAGGCUCACACUGGUUUACCAACCUAUCCACUGUGCCUGCCUGAUAAGUACUAUUACCUUGAAGCUAAAAGCUGGCUACAAUAUCCGUUGUAUCAAUAGCUUGUGCUUGGGAGUCACUUAAAACUUAAUACAAACUUAUGUAUCAUGAUCACAGUGUAGCUUGUAUCCCAUUUAAGGAGAGUACAAUAGACGACUGCUGCUGCAGUUGGAACGAAUGUGGUUCUAAGCCUUGCACCUUUUCUCCUGAUGCUAGUGCCUUAGAUUUGUAUGCCCAUACAGCUGCUUCACCACCGCCAUGCAAUCCAAGAGAAAAGGAUGAUUGUUACUUAUAUAUCUGAUUGAAUGGAUGUGAUACUGUAUAUUGAUUCAUAUUUUGUGCCAAGCUGUCAGCUGCUGCCUUCUAAUUCCUGAUUGUCUCCUGCUCUUUGUGCCUAAAACACUCCAUGAGAUUUCCUGUGAAUGUUACUCUACAGGCAGCUUUUUUUUUUACAAGCUAUCAGUGUAAACUUUCCCACCAUGAAACACUAAAAACACCCAAGAAAGUUCAGCUUGUUCCCUUUGUCUUAAGCUCAAGCACUGAAUGUUCUGCCGUUAUCAACCGUUCCCUAACUAUUACCAGUGCAAGCACAAUGCUCCAGAGUCCAUUCCUGAUGCCAGACUUAUCCAAGUAUCCACAUAAGGUGUAUGUCAAGCAUGGAGGUUAUUUCCUGAACACGUGGGCUUACUGCUUCCAGAGGUAUAGCCCAAACAUUCCCAGACUUUAUUCAUUUGUUCUUCAUCUUGACAUCCUCUUCUGGUAUAAAACUCCAUUGUAAUGGAGGCAUUUCAUUAAAAGGUGGAGACCUGUGGCAGCUUUUCGCCCCAAAAAAAUUCCAACCAAAUUUUAGAAGAAUUAGUUGGAGAGCAUAUUGUUGUCUUGAGACUGAUCCAAGCAACAUACUGCAGAAUAUUCAGUAAUGACUUUACUGCUUCAGUAGGCAGUGGAUGAUUAACAGGCUCUUUAUAUUUGCCCCUCACCAUACAAUUGCAAUAAGCAGCUUAUUAAAAUUAUCUUCAUUAUUUGGACUCCCUAGCACUGCAUGUUUUUUUUAACUCAAGCCUCCUUAUCUGUUUGCAAUCAGGAACAACACAAAUUAUGGGAUGAGGAGCUUGGACAACAUACUGAGCAAAAACAGAACACUACUCUCAUAUAAUGCAUUAAUCUUAUAUAAUGUAUUAAUCUUAAGGCCUGAACAUGCUUUCCAGAGCUGUACGGCACCAAUAUUGUGUUUCACCCUGGAAAGAGUAAAUGUGUGUGUGUGUGUAUAUAUAUAUAUAUAUAUAUGUGUGUGUGUGUAUAAACAUAUAAGGGUCCACACUCGCUUGAUUUAGUUUCUUGUAGGUACCUUUAUAAACUACACUAUUUUAAGAAAUCCAGUGAGUGCGGACUCUUAAAUGUUAUAUGUACAAUGCUGUCCUGACAACCUGGUAGCUGCAACUACAUGGUGAGAUUGAGAAUGUACAGCUGUUACAUAUAUAAGUGAGUAUUAUACUUUGCCUUUGGUUCUGUAGGAAUUAUAGGGUAGUGAAAUGGAAGAAAAUAUUAAACACCAUCAUAUUCCCUUGAUUCUGCACAUUUAAAACAUAAAAAUCAAUAAAGUAAGAUAUUAAUAAGCCAA